AUGCGCGGAACAGAGCUGAGGGGCAAGGGGGAGUACAGGGUGGACAAGUUUGAGCUUCCGGAGCAAGAUGCAGCAGGUAUGUUAUGGAUCCAUUGUACGGAUGUGGUAGAGGAGGAUCUGAGAAGCGAAAGAUCCCACUUGAGGGUUCCCCCACGUAAAACUGGUAGAAUUCGGGUUCCUGACUCUCUUCCUCUUCCCCUGAAUCAAGACCCCAAUGCAGACACUGAGUGGAAUGACAUCUUACGCAAAAAGGGCAUCUUGCCCUCCAAGAAAAGCUCAGAAGAAUUGGAAAAGGAAGCAGAAGAGGAAGAGCAGCGAGUCCUUCAACAGUCAAUUGUGAAAACAUAUGAAGAUAUGACUUUGGAAGAGCUGGAGGAUAAUGAAGAUGAAUUUAAUGAGGAGGAUGAACGUGCUAUUGAAAUGUACAGGCAACAAAGACUGGCUGAGUGGAAAGCGACUAAACUGAAGAAUAAAUUUGGGGAAGUUUUAGAGAUCUCAGGAAAGGAUUAUGUUCAAGAAGUUACCAAAGCUGGUGAAGGCUUGUGGGUAAUUUUGCACCUUUACAAACAAGGGAUUCCCCUCUGUGCCCUAAUAAACCAACACUUCAGUGGACUUGCAAGGAAGUUUCCCGAUGUUAAAUUUAUCAAAGCCAUUUCAACAACCUGCAUACCCAAUUAUCCUGAUAAGAAUCUGCCCACAAUAUUUGUUUAUCUUGAAGGAGAUAUCAAGGCUCAGUUUAUUGGUCCUCUAGUGUUUGGUGGGAUGAACCUGACAAGAGAUGAGUUGGAGUGGAAAUUGUCUGAGUCUGGAGCAAUCAAGACAGACCUGGAGGAAAACCCCAAGAAACCAGUAGAAGAUGCAUUACUGUCCUCAGUGCGGUCCUCAGUCCCUGUGAGGAAAGACAGUGAUUCCGAGGAUGACUGA